AUGGACACACAAGCAGGAAUAUCUCAGAAGGACAUCUAAUGUUAUCCCCGGAUUGUGACAUAAGAGAUAAUGACAGUAGACAGGAUUCUCCAGGAGAUCACCCCAUUACACCUAUUAUACAUCCAGCUCUAUCAGCUGAUCCCUCUGAUCCUGGGAAAUGUUCUCCUGAUCACUCUGAUAUUGGUGCAUCUGUUACAGCUCUGACAGUAGAUACAGUGUUUCCCUGUUCUGUAGAUGCCAAAUGUUUUACACAGAACACAAAGCCUAUUAACGCACACACAGAUAAGGCAGGUGAGAGGCCACUGAUAUGUUCAGAGUGCGGGAAAUGUUUUACACAAAAUUCACAACUUGUUACACAUCAGCAAAGUCACACAGGUGAGAAGCCAUUUCCAUGUUCUGAGUGUGGGAAAUGUUUUGUAUCGAAAUCACAUCUUGUUAUACAUAACAGAAGUCACACAGGUGAGAAGCCAUUUUCUUGCUCUGAGUGUGGGAAAUGUUUUACAUGGAAAUCACAUCUUGUUAGACAUCAGCAAAGCCACACAGGUGAGAAGCCAUUUUCUUGCUCUGAGUGCGGGAAAUGUUUUUCACGGAAAUCACAUCUUGUUAGACAUCAGCAAAGCCACACAGGUGAGAAGCCAUUUCCGUGUUCUGAGUGUGGGAAAUGUUUUUCACGGGAAUCACAUCUUGUUAGACAUCACAGAAGUCACACAGGUGAGAAACCAUUUUCUUGCUCUGAGUGUGGGAAAUGUUUUACACGGAAAUCAGAUCUUGUUAUACAUCACAGAAGUCACACAGGUGAGAAGGCAUUUCCAUGUUCUGAGUGUGGGAAAUGUUUUGCACGGAAAUUAGAUCUUGUUAUUCAUCACAGAAGUCACACAGGUGAGAAGCCAUUUCCAUGUUCUGAGUGUGGGAAAUGUUUUACACACAAAUCAGAUCUUGAUGUACAUCACAGAAGUCACACAGGUGAGAAGCCAUUUGCAUGUUCUGAGUGUGGGAAAUGUUUUGCACAUAAAUCAGAUCUUGUUAGACAUCAGCGAACUCACACAGGUGAGAGGCCAUUUUCUUGCUCUGAGUGUGGGAAAUGUUUUACAAAGAAAUCAUAUCUUGUUAGACAUCAGCGAACUCACACAGGUGAGAGGCCAUUUUCUUGCUCUGAGUGUGGGAAAUGUUUUACAUGGAAAUCCCAACUUGUUACACAUCAGCAAAGUCACACAGGUGAGAAGCCAUUUCCAUGUUCUGAGUGUGGGAAAUGUUUUACACAGAAAUCAGAUCUUGUUAUACAUCACAGAAGUCACACAGGUGAGAAGCCAUUUUCUUGCUCUGAGUGUGGGAAAUGUUUUACAAAGAAAUCACAUCUUGUUAGACAUCAGCGAACUCACACAGGUGAGAGGCCACUGAUAUGUUCUGAGUGUGGGAAAUGUUUUACAUACAAAUCAGAUCUUGUUAUACAUCAGAGAAGUCACACAGGUGAGAAGCCAUUUCCAUGUUCUGAGUGUGGGAAAUGUUUUACACUGAAAUCACAUCUUGUUACACAUCACAGAAGUCACACAGGUGAGAAGCCAUUUCCAUGUUCUGAGUGUGGGAAAUGUUUUACAAAGAAAUCAGCUCUUGUUACACAUCAGAGAAGUCACACAGGUGAGAAGCCGUUUUCCUGUUCUGAGUGUGGGAAAUGUUUUGCAUGCAAAUCAGAUCUUGUUACACAUCAGAGAAGUCACACAGGUGAGAAGCCGUUUUCCUGUUCUGAGUGUGGGAAAUGUUUUGCAUGGAAAUCAGAUCUUGUUACACAUCAGAGAAGUCACACAGGUGUGAAGCCGUUUUCCUGUUCUGAGUGUGGGAAAUGUUUCGCAUUUAAAUCAGUUCUUGUUAAACAUCAGAAAAGUCACUCAGGUGAGAAGCCUUUUUCCUGUUCUGAGUGUGGGAAAUGUUUUACACUGAAAUCACAUCUUGUUACACAUCACACAAGUCACACAUGUGAGAAGCCAUUUCCAUGUUCUGAGUGUGGGAAAUGUUUUACAAAGAAAUCAGCUCUUGUUACACAUCAGAGAAGUCACACAGGUGAGAAGCCGUUUUCCUGUUCUGAGUGUGGGAAAUGUUUUACACAGAAAUCAGCUCUUGUUACACAUCAGAGAAGUCACACAGGUGAGAAGCCGUUUUCCUGUUCUGAGUGUGGGAAAUGUUUUACACAGAAAUCAGCUCUUGUUACACAUCAGAGAAGUCACACAGGUGUGAAGCCGUUUUCCUGUUCUGAGUGUGGGAAAUGUUUUUCACAGAAAUCAGCUCUUGUUACACAUCAGAGAAGUCACACAGGUGAGAAGCCGUAUUCCUGUUCUGAGUGUGGGAAAUGUUUUGUACGGAAAUCAGUUCUUGUUAAACAUCAGCGAUUUCACAGAUGAGAAGCCAUUUUCAUGCUGUGAGAGAAAUAAAUCUGCUCUUGUUGAACAUAUUAGACAUUAUCCAAGUACGGAACCAUUUAAAUCUUCUGGAGUAUAAUUAUCACUGUCGUCCAAUGUUCCUCAAGGUUGAAUCCUAUCUCCUAUGCUUUAUAAAAUAUACAUGCUACCACUGGGUGAUAUAAUCAGACGUCAUGGCCUGGUCUACCACUGCUAUGCUGAUUACCUGCUUUUUGCUCCAUGUACUGAGAACCUAAUACCAAUAAAUGGUUGUCUAGCUGAGCGCCAGGGGUGGAUGAUGCCAGUUGGCUGUGACUCAGUCUUUGUUAAACAUAAUAGAAGCUCCCCAACAAAGGACAAGACUUUACCAACCAUCUGGAUUUAUGCUUCGGUGUUCAGAAUUGCAAAAUACUGAACAUGUGCUGAAUCUUUGUGUUGUCCUGGUAUGUGGCUGACACAGACAUCAGGUAUCCGCCACAUACAAAUCCACAUUCUUCCAUCUGUGGACCAUAGCCAGAAACAAGCUUUUGAUUCCCUCAGAAGUUCAUAGACUACUGCAAUGCCAUCUACCUGGGUCACCCAGCAAAAGAAUUACGGAGCUUGCAGCUAGUACAGAAUGCAGCAGCCAAGCUGUUACCUAACCAGCCCGUUCCUGCCGCAUAACACCAAUUCUCUACUCCCUUCACCGGCUGCCUGUAAGAUGACAAAUCUGUUUCAUAAUUGGCUAACUGACCUUCCCAGACCAACAUUACAUGGUCCAAGGUACUAGAAGCAGCUCCUGCCUCCUUACUGCCCUGCUUGCUUCUACAGAUGAAGGACUGUUACCGGCAGUACCAAGAAUCUCCUGUCAUUCAUUUAAGGGUUGAACUUUUAGCUUUGCAGCCUUGACCAUGGAACUCACUGCCUUGCACAGUCCAAGAUGCCUCCACUCUAGAGACCUUCACAAGCAGACUGAUGACUGUUACUCACGCUUUUCAUUAAUGUACCUCUAUUUCUCAUACGUCCUAGAGGAUGCUGGGGAUUCCAAAAGGACCAUGGGGUAUAGACGCAUCCGCAGGAGCUUGGACACACUGUAAAGACUUAAACUGGGUGUGAACUGGCUCCUCCCUCUAUGCCCCUCCUCCAGACCUCAGUUAGACUUUGCGCCCAGGAGUGAUGGGUCACACACUAGGGGAGCUCUACUGAGUUUCUCUGAAAGACUUUAUGUUAGGUUUUUUAUUUUCAGGGAGACCUGCUGGCUACAAGCUCCCUGCAGUGUGGGACUGAGGGGAGAGAAGCAGGACCUACUUCUGUGAGUUUCAAGGCUCUGCUUCUCGGCUACUGGACACCAUUAGCUCCAGAGGGUUCGAUCACUUGGUGCGCCUAGCUUCUUGUUCCCGGAGCCACGGCGUCAAUCCCCUCACAGAAGCCAGAAGAAAGAAGUCGGGUGAGUAUUGGAAGAAAAGAAGACUUCAGACGGCAGAAGACUUCAGUAAUGGAAGUACAGUGGUAGUGCUGCUCUUCAUGCUCCCACACACCAACGGCACUCACAGGGUGCAGGGCGCUGGUGGGGGGGGGGGAGCGCCCUGGGCAGCAUGUUACUGGUCUGCUUAAUGUGAACUGGCAAAAAAAAAAGCAUUUAGGUGCCGAGGCACCGUGGUUCAUCCCCCGCCAGUAUACUUGAAUUAUUUCCCCGACACCGCUUAUACGGGUGCAGGGCACGCGGGGGGGAGCGCCCUGGGCAGCGAGUCAGUUUUAACAGUUCUUACUCACGCUGCCGGGGGCUCCGUAUACAGACCCCCGUAGGCGCAUUAUGCCGUGGUCCCCGUCGGCCGCCAUGGGUACAGGGCGCCGGGAGGUGGUGGCGUCCGGGGCAGCAUAGAUAGUUAGAGCUCCCGGGCGCCGCACACGGGGACCCACCAUGAGAGCGGCGGGUGCGCGAUGCGCCGGAACUCCCGCUUCCCCAACGUUGUCUGGGGCACAGGGGGGCCUAGUAUUUAGUACUCGGCCGAGAGGGGCGGAGCUUAGCCUCACCCACUCAGUCAGCGCCAUUUUUCCCUGCUGUCCCCGCCAAGAACAAACAGUGGGGAACGCAAUGUUUGGACUCUGUUGCCCUCCCAGAGGUGUAAUCUCCCUGUGUAUAGGUUCCCCCGGCUCAAUAUAAGGUUUUAUUUAUAUAUAUAUAUAUAUAUAUAUUUCUUUAUUUUUGUCGAGCGGGCUUAAGUGCACUGGAAAGGAGCGGAGCUUAGACCUCACAGAGGGGUCAGCGCCAUUUUCCAAAGUUCCCCACCGGGACUUGCUGUAUACUAAGAAGGAAGGGGGACACAGAGUGUUUUAAUGCUGUAUGGGUGUCAUACAGCAUUAGGAUUGAUAAUGGACUCAGAAUCCUUAUUGUAAUACAUAAAUACACUGUUUCCCUGUUUUAUUUACUCACUAUUGGUUAGUCGACGUGUGUCGACAGGUGUGAGGGCUUUGUCAAAGGCGUCUGUGGGGAUAACUGUCGGUUGAUUAAGCUCUAGAUUGGCCGGGACGAGUUGGUUUCGAUGCUCUCAAGGAGUCCGAAUAUUAAUCUCGCGGAGAGAAAUCUAUGACAGUCAACUCCUGGUCGACGCAGAGCCCGGUCGCAAGGGAUCAUACACAGGCAGCUAAGUGAAAUUUUAUUUCUAUACUUUGACCUUAUUUGCAAUGGAUGCACUUGAGGGAGUGUGGUAGUCGGGUAAGCUUCCGAUAGAAUUAUCCUACUCAGAGUGGGUAGGGCUUGCCUAUGUUUAUUUUUCCUUAUAACAUUACAGCAGGCUGCCAAGUGACAGCAGGUGGUGUGACCGGAAAAAUGCGGAGGAGGUCUCCGGGAGAUGCUGGUGGGAGGUAUACAGCUGUUUGGUGUGGCCUCUCUUCAGUUAAUCUCGGCGGUAUCCGCUGAUAAGGCUAAAUUCGUGAGUUAACCUCCUUCACAACGGUGGAUGACGCAUUAUUUUGUGGGAUGCAGUCGUUUAACCGGUUCGAGACCGUUCUUUUUCCUUUUCUGUGUAGACAGUGGAAGGUGAAAAGGUAAGUGUUCUGCAACCUGGUUAGGUUCGCAGAAGUGGAUGUAGUUUCUGUUUCCACUAUAUACACCACUUGUCGCUGAGUCUAUCUGGCUGGUCCCCACUUCGGUGACCACUUGUCCACUAAUUUUCAGUUAGUCUAGGAAUAGACUACGACAUGUGAGUUAUUUAUAGAAGCCAAAGGGGAACAUUCUGAAUUACGGUUGUUUCCCCUUACUGUUUUUUCUAAUAGAUUUUGCCUCUCCCCUAUGGAAGGGGAGGUAACACGCAACGCCUUACAGAGGUGCGUCACGUUCAGGACAUUGUCUGGUUGUCCCUGUAAAAAGGUGCAUAUCCUUGUUUAUUUGACGGUUCUUCGGCGCAGAAAUGGGCCUGUUGUUCCCAACGACGCAGAUGUCAGAAGUGGUUUUCAGAGUGGAUACUGACCGGUUAAGGUUUGGUGUUUUCCUGUGGAAAGAGGUCUGAGGGUCCAGAGUUGGAUCGACUUUGAGGUGACACCUCAUCAAUAGGUUCCAUUAAGAAGACAGAUGGAUGCGGCAUGAGAGGUUUUUUUUCGGAGAGCAGGUCUAAUACCAGAGUGAUUUUCAUGGGACCAGUUGGAAAUGUGGUCCGGGUCUCACCUGCGCAUCCACCGGAAUAUAAUCAAAACGGCCAGGACAUCGCUCCUGUGGUGUCUGCUCGAUUUUUUUCCUUAUAGAGGGAUAAAGGUUUAGAUCUUGGUGUCCGUGCAUAUAGAUCUCCGAAGCUGGGGAGCAGUCCUUUGCAAGGGACGUAUUUCCAGAGGAUGAGGUCAGGUUGGGAAACUUGUCUGCUGUAAGUUUUGGAAUUAAGAGCUAUUUUAGACGAACGUGUUCUUCAUGCUCUGACGUGUUAAUUCUGCCAGAAGCCUUGUCAGAAAUGGCGUAAGUAAGCCGCUAGGGCGGAACAAAAAAAAAACCACGAAAAUGGCAGAAGAUGCGCUGUUUGCAGUUGAGGGGGAAGUCUGGUAAACGCUAUGUUAGCAGUCUUCAUUCCGGAGGUAAAUGACGGAGACAUAGAUUUCCUUUGCGACAUGAUAUUCAGCCGGGAAAAAUACUGUCAUUAUUGAGAAGCUUUCCCAGACGUGCCAAGUCUUUGUGGAGUGUCGCAAUUGGACAUGUUGGCGUUUUGCCUCAACGUGAGACCUCGAGGAGAGGGUUCCAGGUUAAGAGACACUCAGGAUAUAGCAGCAGACAUCCUUGUGACACUGUUUUUAGUCGGUCGAGGUGGCCUCUCCGCUUUCACUUUUCUGGCAGUGGUAAGCGUAAGAUGAUCGAUGAUCCUCUGAACUCCGGUCUAACCAGAGAGGGUUGGCUAUCCAGUUUUCAUGGUUUACUCCUAGAAAAUUACUGCCCUCUUCCUUUACGUGACGUAAUGUUACAACAGGAUCAGGGCGUGUAUCAGGACUUACCGCGGCUGCGUCUAAUGGUGGGGCGGUUGAAGGUCGUAUCCUAAGCUGAAUGGGUGUUCCCAGUGAAGUCGUUUCUUCAAUUCUUCCGGCUUGGAAAGAACUCACGGCACAGCGUUACAACCGUUGUUGGAGUAAUUAUGUGUCUCGGUGUGUAUCCAGGAAGGCUCCUAUGGAGGACUUUCAGCUAGGUCCUGCUUAUCCAUACGUUACAAGCCGAUGUGAAGGCAAGACUAUAUUAAGUUUCUUUGCGGAAAUUCUCGUUUGGAAAGUGGUCAGGUUUUUUACUUCGACGUCCGCAAGGCGGGUGUCGGAAGUGGUGGUCUUGUCCCACAAGAGCCUUGUUUGAUCUUUCAGGUGGAUAGAGAGGAAUUGAGUACUCGGUUGAUAGUUCUACCAAGAGGGGUUUCGCAGAAAUCAGGCUUUUGUUGAUGCAGGGGGUUACUUAGGCAUUAGCUAGUUCAAACCCCCUUGCUCUAGCCAGGGUUUUGAGUAUGCAAGUCAUCUAUUUGGCUUAGUUUGGAGUAACAGAGACCCUGUUUAUGUGGUAUGUUCCCAGCUUACUUUGGGAGACUGCGUUAUGGAGUUUGUUACAUGCUGAAUCUGUGAUGCGGUCUGGCAUGUUUGUUCUACGGCUGCUUUGCCGUCACCGAAGUCGGUGAAGGUUCCUUCUUUUGGGAAGACGGGAUUUUCUUGGGCGAAUGCCCGAGGAGUCUCGGCGGUUCAACUUUGCCGAGCGGAUUCUUGGUCGGGGUCAAAAGUUUUUGCCAUGCUUUACAAAUUUGAUACCCGGAUUGUUGAGGACCUUAUGUUUGCUCAUUCGGUGCUGCAGAGUCGUCCGCACUCUCCCGCCCAUUUUGGAGCUUUGGUAUAAACCCCACGGUCCUUUUGGAAUCCCCAGCAUCCUCUAGGACGUAUGAGAAAAUAGGAUUUUGGUACCUACCGGUAAAUCCUUUUCUCUUGGUCCGUAGAGGAUGCUGGGCGCCCGUCCCAGUGCGUACGGUGUCUACAGUUAUUGCUUUUUGGUUACACCCUGGUGGUGUGUCUUCUCUAUCUGGUGGUUGCUACCGUUGUUCAUGACAUAGCAUGCAGGGUCCUAUUUUUGUUUCUGUGGACACACGGGUUGUGUUACAUAUUCUCUCAGCAUGUGGCUGGGUUUUGUUCAUGCCGUUGACUGGUAUUCUACUGAAUGCCACGUUCUACGGUGUGUUUGAGGUCUGAGCUGGUAUGACACUCACUGUGUUUAUAACAAAAAAUUCUUUCCUCGAAAUUGUCCAUCUCUCCUGGGCACAGUUUUCUAACUGAGGUCUGGAGGAGGGUC